AGAAGGCACACUGAGUUGGAAACUCCAGACAGAGGGAUCAUGGUGAGAAGCAGUACUGCCUUCAUCACUGUGAUGCUGAAAUACAUCAGGUCCACUGUGUCAUGUGGAAAGCUUUCAAGAGAAAAGGCAUCAUUCUAUCUGAAAGAGAUUCUGCACAGCAUCUUCUUUCUUGGCUACAUUAACAGACCACGGUUUUAUCCUGAAGAUGUUCUGUCUGAGGAAAAUGCCUUAAAUCUGAGAGAAACAUUUCCAGAUAUGUUCCAGACAUACAUGACUCACCUGCCCUCAAGACCACCCUACUCAGCUUUACUGGAUGUGGUUGUUGAAACUACUGGAACAUCUGAUUCUGCUGCGGAUCAAGACGAAUAUGAAGUGCUUGAUAAACUGUUGGACUUGAAUAAGGAAAUGUAUGUGCCUCAACACCAGAAUACGUCAAUGGCGAGUGAAAACGCAUUUUGUUUAGCAUCAGCUGUGGUGAGUUACUGCUUUUUCCUAGAUUUUCUUACCGGUCAAAAGACCAAGAAGUACUUUGGAGCACCCAUAGCCUGCAAGGGAAAAGCUCAGCGGGAGAUCUUUAUUGACCUAUCCUGCAUCAAGACGUGGAAUCGGAACGUGGCCUUGUCCGUGUGUUUGAUGGCCAGUGGGUACCCUCCAAUCUUACUUCCUCAGUUUGUGCACUCUGCUGCAUUUCGUAUACUCAGCAGCAGGGAGGAGAAGCAGGCGAGUGCCAUACCAUGCAUUUCUGAAAAACAGCAGUCUUGUGGUCAAAGGUUUGAAGGAAAUGCGAGCAGUGGCUUUAGCUGUCAGCGCUCCACCUCUGACACAGUUGAACACAUGUCAUCUCAGGCACCAAACAGAGAGCUGAGCUUCAGGUAACUCCCCGUGCAAAGCUCCCAAACAGACAUGUUAGUGUUUCACUACCAUCCAAAACCUCCAUGUUUCAGAUGUUUGAAGAUCUUCCCAAACGUAGUAUUUUCAUCCCUGCCACAUGUUUUACCUGUUCCAUAUUGGGAGUAUGGGAACUGUGCGGAAUGUGAAGCUCUAAGUAAACUGCUGAACGCGGAGCAAAGUGUUAAUAUGAGAGUGUUAAUGCCUUCUAUAAUUAUGGGACUGGAGUUUCUGCACUUCAGUCCAUCUUUGUCUCCCUUUGAGUUCAUACUUCUCCCAAGAAAAUGUCGACUGGCAGACAAUCUUACAGCAGCCAGGUUUGAGUUUAGGGGAUAUUUCCAAUUUUAUGAUCCUCAGCUGUGAAGUUGCUGUUAAAGAACUGCAGCUCUUGGUUAAGCCUGUUACAAGAACUACGCAUGUCCAGGCUUUCUAUGCCAUUCUCCUGGGUUAUAAAAUCAUUACCAGUCAUUAUUUCUUGCAAAUAAGGUAAAAACCUGACUAAAAUAUGGGUCUCCGGUCCCACCUUUAUCACGUUUACCUGAUACAGUCAUAUAAAUCUGUGAUGUGUGUUACUGUUGACACAUUUUUUAGCUACAGUGUCCAGGAGGGGUGGGCAGCUGCUGGCACUUGGA